AUGGCUUCUCGUUUCCGAUCAUUCUCACAACCCGCAUUUUCCCUAAUCAAAUCCACCAUAUCAAAACCCAAAUCCUCCUCACCUUUUCUCCUCAGAACCCGCACUCCCGUCACCGUCAGGUCCGUCGCGGAGCUUGGUUGCGUGCAGUCGCUGCUUCCGGUAUGCUUUGCAGUGCCAACCCCGGAGUUUGAUUUCUCUGAUACUUUUUAUCUCCUUUUGUAUCUAAAUGGGUCUUGGCACACCGCGAUAAUAGAUUUGGAAGAGAUCAUUGUAACGGGCAUUGAGUAUGUCGAUGUAAAAAGGUUGGGCUCAAGGAUGUAA